GUUGUAAACCGCGUCGCUGUUGCUCUUGAACGCAUCUCUUGAUUCAACACAGCAGACGGAAGACAAACAGGAACCGAGCUGAAGAACGAGGUUUACCUGCAGCAUGACGAGCCUCCAGCUGAGUGCCGAGGAGGAGACGGUGGAGAGGUUCCUGGACGCCGCGGCCCGAGGAGACCUGGUCCAGGUGUCCUCGCUGCUGGCCCUCGGGCCCUCGCUCCUCAACCGGACGGGUCACAGCGGCUGGACGGCGCUGAUGCUCGCCGCCCGCAACGGCCACUACGAGGUGGCGGAGGCGCUGCUGUCACACGGCUGCGACAAGUUCUCCGUGAACAACUCGUCUCAGAGCGCCUACGAUGUCGCCGCCUUCUGGGGCCACCGGCACGUCUCCGACCUGCUGGGCCGGACGGGCGGCGGCCCGCCGGGCUUCGACCUCCACCCGCCGGAGAGCUACUUCGGCAGAGAGACGCUGAACCGGCUCAGCGCCAAGAGGACCGACCGGGUCUGGCUGGAGGUCAAACAGAGCGACCCGGACACCGUCUACCUCCUGUUCUCCAACCUCAGCCCCAUGGUCAGCGGCCCAAAGGAGGACGGCAGCGCAGGGGUGCAGACCAAGCUGUGUCGGUUCAGAUACGAGGCCGUCAAAGACCUUCUCCAGAAACUCGCGACUGUGCUCGUCUUCCUCGGAGUGGAGAGGAGGAAAAAGCCCUCCUCUUCCUCCGCUCACCCGGUGGAUGGCGUCUUUGAGCCUCCCGCCUGGUUCGCCAUCAACACGGAUGAGGACGCUGCCGAACUCCUGAAGCGCUGCGGGGAAAAGAACUGCUGCUUCCCGAAGACGCCCAACAGAGACCUGCUGCGGUUCAGCGAGGACGAGGCCGGAGUCGUGGCUCAGGCCCGCUCGGUGUUGGCCUGGCACAGCCGCUACAGCUUCUGUCCCACGUGCGGCGGCAGCACCGCGCUGGAGGAGGGAGGCUACAAGAGGAGCUGCCUGAACCCUGGCUGCAGGAGCCUAAAGGGAGUCCACAACACCUGCUAUCCACGAGUCGACCCAGUGGUCAUCAUGCUGGUGAUCCAUCCUGAUGGAAACCAGUGUUUACUGGGAAGGAAGAAGAUGUUUCCAGUCGGCAUGUUCUCCUGUCUGGCUGGAUUCAUUGAGCCCGGGGAGACGGUGGAGGAGGCGGUGAGGAGGGAGGUGGAGGAGGAGAGUGGGGUGAAGGUCGGCCCGGUCCGGUACGUCUCCUGCCAGCCGUGGCCGAUGCCCUCCAACCUCAUGAUCGGCUGCCUCGCCGUCGCCGUGUCGACCGCCAUCAAAGUGGACGACGACGAGAUCGAGGAAGCCCGGUGGUUCCCGCGGCAACAGGUCAUCGACUCCUUCAGAGGAACCAGAGUAACCUUCACCGUCCCGCCCAGACAGACCAUCGCCCACCAGCUGAUCAGACACUGGAUCGCCGUGAACUCCAACCUCUGACCUCUCCACCCCCCAGACGCUCAGAAGGGUCUCAAUUGUUCCCGGCACAUUGACAGCACCGCUGGUUCUUGUAGUCCCUCAAAACUCGGGUGAGAACGUACGUCAACGUUGGACGAGUCAUCAAAUUAAAAAGGCAGAAACGGAGAACGUUUAACUUUUAGGUUGUAAUGCCUGACCAAUGCAGAAAGAUAAUAAUAACAAUAAUAAUAUUAGGCAAUAAUGAGAUAUUAAACAGUUUCUUUGUCAAUACCAAUGGCGGCCAUCUUUAAACAUUUAUUAAACAUAUGCACAAGAGAAAAAGAUUAAUCGACUAAUGAUGAUGGUGAUGAUGAUGAUGAUGAUUAUUUCACGACAGCGCGGUCAAAACAACAAGAUGGCCGACCGUUGACGCUGAUGCACGAUAAACGUUGACGAACUGUAAAUAUUCUAAUAAAUAAAUAAAUAAAAGUCGUUCUCGGUGUA